GAGCCUGUGUGAAGUGCAGCAAAGGGGUGUUUGGAGCCGGCCAGGCCUGUCAGGCCAUGGGAGACCUCUACCACGAUGCAUGCUUCACCUGUGCAGCCUGCAGCAGAAAGUUAAGAGGAAAAGCCUUCUAUUUUGUCAAUGGCAAAGUAUUCUGUGAGGAAGAUUUUUUGUACUCUGGCUUUCAGCAGUCUGCAGACAGGUGCUUUCUUUGUGGACACCUGAUCAUGGACAUGAUCCUACAAGCCCUGGGGAAGUCCUAUCACCCUGGCUGCUUUCGCUGUGUCGUCUGUAAUGAGUGUCUGGAUGGAGUGCCUUUCACCGUGGACUCCGAGAACAAGAUCUACUGUGUCCAGGAUUAUCACAAAGUGCUGGCCCCCAAGUGUGCAGCCUGUGGACUUCCCAUCCUGCCCCCAGAGGGCUCAGAUGAGACCAUCCGUGUUGUGUCCAUGGACAGAGACUACCAUGUAGAGUGCUACCACUGUGAGGACUGCGGUCUGGAGCUUAAUGAGGAGGACGGCCACCGCUGCUACCCACUGGAGGACCACCUACUCUGUCACUCCUGCCAUGUCAAAAGACUGGAGAAGGGACCUUCGCCUCCAGCGCUCCACCAGCACCACUUCUAGCUGGAGACGC